CUCUGCGUGUGUGUACGCUCGCGCCAGGUGCUCAGACCCGAGGGCAGGAGAAGGCGGCGGGCAUCUCAGGAGUCCCGGUGGGGUCGGUGCCCCAGGGCUCCCAGGACCGGCGCUCGACGCUUGUCCAAACCCAGACUUCUCGUUGGCUCCCAGCCAGGCCCGGGCCUGCAGGAACCUCCGCGGGCCGCCAUCUGGGCCUCGAUGGAGCUCCACCCGCCGCCAUUGCAGCCCUUCCUGUUACUACUGCUGCUACUGCUGCUGCCGCUUCUGCCGGCGGUGCCCGAGACGGGAGGGUCCUGGCAGUGCCCGCGCAUCCCCUAUGCUGCCUCCUGCGACUUUGACGUGGAGUACUUGGUGCCCAGCUUCUCGGCCGGCCGGCCGGUACAGGCUGUGGCAACCUACGAGGGCGGCAGGGAAGGGAGUGCCGUGUUCGUGGCCACACGUAAUCGCCUGCAUGUGCUUGGGCCUGAUCUGCAGCCAGUUGAGAGCCUGGCCACCGGCCCUGCUGGGGCCCCUGGCUGCCAGACGUGUGCGGCCUGUGGCCCAGGCCUCCACGGCCCACCGGGAGACACAGAUGCGCAGGUUCUGGUGCUGGAGCCGGUGCUGCCUGCACUGAUCAGUUGUGGCUCCAGCCUUCGGGGACGCUGCUUCCUGCAUGAGCUAGAGCCCCGCGGGACAGCCCUGCACCUGGCGCCACCAGUCUGCCUUUUCUCGGCGCACCACAAUCAUCCGGAGGACUGUCCCGACUGUGUAGCCAGCCCGCUGGGCACCCUCAUGACCGUGGUUGAGCAGGGUCAUGCCUCCUACUUCUACGUGGCAUCCUCACUGGACUCGGCGGUGGCCGCCAGCUUCAGCCCACGAUCAGUGUCCAUCCGGCGCCUCAAGGCCGAUGCCUCAGGAUUUGCACCAGGCUUUGCAGCACUGUCAGUGAUGCCUGAGCACCUGGCUUCCUACCACAUCAAAUACGUGUACAGUUUCCGUGCAGGAGCCUUCGUCUAUUUCCUGACUGUGCAGCCAGCCAACGUGGUAGAUGCUCCUGGCGCCUUACACACGCGCCUGGUACGGCUCAGCGCUGUUGAGACUGACUUGGGCGACUACCGCGAGCUGGUCCUCGACUGCCGUUUUGCACCUAAACGCCGGCGACGCGCGGCCCAUGAGGGCGCACAGCCCUACCUGGUGUUGCAGGCGGCCCACGCUGCUCCAGUGGGCGGGCGACUGGCCACUGAGCUGAGCAUCAAUGAGGGCCAGGAAGUGCUAUUCGGGGUCUUCUCGGCUAGCAGAGACAGCGGCCCAGGUGUGGAUCCCAACUCUGUCGUCUGUGCGUUCCCUGUAGACUUGCUGGACACUCUCAUCGAGCAGGGUGUGGAGCGCUGUUGUGAGCCUCCUGUCCACCCUGGCCUCCGGCGAGGCCUCGACUUCUUCCAGUUGCCCAGUUUUUGCCCUGACCCGCCUGGCCUGGUGGCUCCCAGCCCCAAAACCAGCUGCCGCCACUUCCCUCUGCUGGUCAGCAGCAGCCUCUUACGGGUGGACCUAUUCAACGGGCUGUUAGGACCAGCGCAGGUCACUGCAUUGCACGUGACACGUCUCAACAAUGUCACAGUGGCCCACAUGGGCACAGCCGAUGGGCGCAUCCUGCAGGUGGAGCUGGCCAGGUCUCUCAACUACUUGCUGUACGUGUCCAACUUCUCACUGGGCAGCAAUGGGCAGCCUGUGCAUCGGGAUGUCAGUCGCCUUGGGGACCACCUGCUCUUUGCCUCUGGGGACCAGGUCUUCCAGGUACCUAUCCAGGGCCCUGGCUGCCGCCACUUCCUUACCUGUGGGCGUUGCCUGCGGGCACAGCGUUUCAUGGGCUGUGGAUGGUGUGGGGGCAUGUGUGGCCGGCAGAAGGAUUGUCCUGGCUCCUGGCAACAGGACCAUUGCCCACCCAAGCUUACUAAGUUCAGCCCCCACAGUGGACCCCUAAGGGGCAGCACAAGACUGACCCUGUGUGGCUCCAACUUCUACCUACAUCCUCCUGGUCUGGUGCCUGAGGGCACCCAUCAGGUCACUGUGGGUCAAAGUCCCUGCCGACUGCUGCUCAAAGGCAACUCAAACCUCAGCCAAGUACCCCGGAAGGACUUUGUAGAGGAGCUUGAGUGUGAACUGGAGCCCUUGGGCACGCAGGAAGCCGGGCCUGCCAACGUCAGCCUCACUGUGACCAACAUGCCACUGGGCAAGCACUUCCGGGUAGAUGGCACCUCCAUGCUGCGAGGCUUCUCUUUCAUGGAACCCGUGCUGACAGCAGUACAACCCCUCUUUGGUCCACGGGCAGGGGGUACCUGCCUCACCCUUGAAGGCCAAGGCCUGUCUGUUGGCACCAGCCGGGCUGUGCUGGUCAAUGGGACUGAGUGCCUGCUGAAACGGGUCAGCGAGGGGCAACUUUUAUGUACCACACCCCCCGGGGCUGCUACCGCCCGCGUUCCCAUUCGCCUGCAGGUGGGUGGCGCCGAAGUGCCUGGCUCCUGGAACUUCCACUAUCAGGAAGACCCCAUCAUGCUGGGUAUCAGCCCCAACUGUGGCUACACUGGUUCCCACGUCACCAUCCAUGGCCAGCAUCUGACUUCAGUGUGGCACCUCGUGCUGUCAUUCCAUGAUGGGCGCAGGGCAGUGGAGAACAGGCAGUGUGAGGGGCAGCUCCCGGAGCAGCACUGGUGCCGCCUGCCCGAAUACGUGGUCCGAGGACCACAGGGGUGGGUGACGGGGAACCUGAGUGCCCAGGGGGAUGGAGCUGCUGGCUUCACACUGCCUGGCUUUCGCUUCCUGGCCCCACCCCACCCACCCAGCAUGGACCUGGUCGCACUGAAGCCUGAGGAACAUGCCGUUAAGUUUGAGUACAUUGGGCUGGGCGCUGUGGCUGAUUGUGUGGAUGUGAACGUGACCGUGGGUGGUGAGAGCUGCCAGCAUGAGCUGCGGGGGGAUGUGAUUGUCUGCCCCCUUCCCCCCGCCCUGCAACUUGGCAAGGACGGUGCUCCACUGCAGGUCUGCGUGGAUGGUGGGUGUCACAUCCUGGGCAAGGUAGUGCGGCCAGGUCUGGAAGGGGUCCCACAGAGCACACUCCUCGGUGUCCUACUGGCCCUGCUCCUGAUUGUGGCUGUACUGGCCACCAUACUGGUCUUCAGUUACCACCAGAGAAAACAGCUAGUCCUUUCUCCGAACCUGGAUGACUUGGCAUCCCUGGACCGGACCACUGGAGCCAUGCCUCUGCCUCUGCUCCGCUCAAGCUCUGACUAUAGAAAUGGCCUUGCAGCCCCUGCCAUUGAUAGCCGGGAUUCCACCACUCAGGUCCACAGAACAUCCUUCUCAGGCAACGGGGAUGGGUCCCAUGUCCCACUGCUGUGGAAAGAGUCCAUCCAGCUUGGGGACCUGAACUCUGCACUCCUGGCCGAGGUCAAGGAUGUACUGAUUCCCCACGAGUGGGUAGUCACCCACACUGACCGAGUCAUUGGCAAAGGUCACUUUGGAGUUGUUUACCAUGGAGAAUACACAGACGAGGCCCAGAAUCAAAUCCACUGUGCCAUCAAGUCACUGAGUCGCAUCACGGAGGUGCAGGAGGUGGAGGCCUUCCUGCGUGAGGGGCUGCUCAUGCGCAGUCUGCACCACCCAAAUGUGAUGGCUCUUAUUGGUAUCGUGCUGCCGCCUGAAGGGCUGCCCCGCGUGCUGCUGCCCUAUAUGCGCCACGGAGACCUGCUCCAAUUCAUCCGCUCACCCCAGCGGAGCCCCACAGUGAAGGACCUCAUCAGCUUUGGCCUGCAGGUGGCCCGUGGCAUGGCGUACCUGGCAGAGCAGAAGUUUGUGCACCGGGACCUGGCUGCUCGGAACUGCAUGCUGGAUGAGUCAUUCACAGUCAAGGUGGCUGACUUUGGUCUGGCCCGCGAUGUCCUGGACAAGGAGUACUACAGUGUCCAACAGCGCCGCCAUGCUCGCCUACCUGUCAAAUGGAUGGCGCUAGAGAGCCUGCAGACCUACAGAUUCACCACCAAGUCCGACGUGGUUAGGCCCCACCUGCCCCAGAGUCCACACGGCCUCAGAGAACACUUGGCCUUGCCCAUUGAUCUCCGGAUGUGGUCGUUUGGUGUCCUCUUAUGGGAACUGCUGACACGGGGUGCCCCACCGUACCCCCACAUCGACCCUUUUGACCUCAUGCACUUCCUGGCCCAGGGUCGGCGCCUGCCCCAGCCUGAGUAUUGCCCUGAUUCUCUGUACGCAGUAAUGCAGCACUGCUGGGCUGCAGACCCUGCAGCACGACCCACCUUUGGAGCACUGGCAGGGGACGUGGAACGCUUGGUGGCCGCGUUGCGAGGGGACCACUACGUGCAGCUGCCUGUGGCCUACGUGAACGUGGGCCCUGGUGCCCCGGACAAGGCAGAAAUGCCCUUGGAAUAGUCACCAUCCCCACCAGUGCACAGGAGUAUAGGUGGCCCGGCCCCUCUCAGAGCCACCAAAGUCCACGUGACCUCAGCCCCAGGCAGGCAUUGGGGGGUUGGACCUGCAUAGCGGUGGGAGUUAACCCCAAGCUGCCUCUGGGCUGGCCUCUGCCCUGUCCCUGUCCCUGCCUCUUAACCUUCAGGGGCACAGGAGGGCUACAAGGCACAUUGGUCUCUCACUCCCCAGUGGGGGCCAGUGAUGGGAUCCUUGAUGCAGUGAGUAUUUAUGGAGUGUCUGCUGUGUAACUGGCUGCUGGGCACAGGGGACUCAGUGGUGACCACUGGCCCUUAGAUCAUUAAUGAACAAAUAAAUAUUUAAUUACAAAUUGUGGUAAGUGCUAUGGAAGAAAAAGACAGGCUGCUUUGAGGGAAUGGAGGAUAGCCUUAGAUAGAUGAAUAGAGAGGUAAGGGAAACCACCC